AUGGGGAAAUUAUAUGAAAGAUGUCACUUGAACGAAGAAUCUCUUUCUGCACAAUUACAAGGUUUUGAUUUUGAGACUCGAGAAGAAAAAAGUGAUUUAGCUCAAUUAAAAGAAGAUUUGCAAACGAAAUUAGAAGAGGAAAAAUUGGGGAGGGAAAAAGAAAAUGUCGAAGCGGUUAAUAAAUUCACAGCUUUGCAACAACAAUAUAAAUUAUUGCAGAGUCAACACGAUGAUGUUAAUCUCGAAUGUGAUAAAUUAAAACAAUCACAAUUAACAGAAAUAGAAGAAAAAAGUAGGUUAGAAGGACUUGUAGAAAAAUUAAAAGAUGAGUUAAAACUUGUUAAAGAAAGCAAAACAAACGAUUUAGAACAUUUAAAGAAUAAAUAUGAUAUUUUAGAACAAGAAAUAAUUCAUUUAAGAGAAAGUAAAAAACAAUUAAUGGACGAAUUAAGAUCUCAAAUUAAAUUACCGGAUAAACUACCAUUAAUACUCAACAAUUCGACAGUUUCUAAAGCCGACAGAAGCGAAAAUUUACCGCAACCUCUAAUGGAUGGUAAAAUUUAUUCUCAACCGUCUUUUAAAUCGUCCACAUCGGCUAAAAAAGUCGAACAAGAACUUUUCCCAUCGGGUAACAACAUUUAUUUGAACACGUCCACUCCAAUGAUCAAUCCUGAUGCCGUCAAUAGUCAAGAUAAAAUUUUAAGUGCUGCACCGAUGGCACAACCGAAACAAGAACCUCUACCCAAUUUGAUUGUUUACGAUAAUAAAGAAAAUGUGGGUGCCAAACCGGAUGACAUGAUGAAAGAAAACGAUGAGCAAUUGCAACAACAACAACAACAACAACAACAUGAAAAACAAAAUGACGAACCUCCGGCACAGGGAGUUUUACGUGCACCGGGUAUGCAACGACAAACAAACGACAAACACACUCGAAUGUAUUUGUAA